AUGCUGUACCUAUUUUUGACAUUGGUAUUUCUCGCACGUUCUGGCAGUGCAGUGCGAGAACUCUGCGGCCAGAAUGAUGUCUAUGCCCAAAAGCCUUACCUCUGGAACAACAAUGUCUGGAAUGCGGACGAGUCUGGCUCUUCUUGUACAUACACACCCGAUGAUCCAGAGUCGGAGGCAAAUAUGUUCCAGGUCUUAUGGCAAUGGCCAGGUGCACCAGUCGUUCGCGGAUAUCCACACGUUGAAUUCAAGGCCAACAUGUUGCCACUCAAGCUCAGCAAGCUAGAUUCGCUGGUAGUCGAUGCAUCGUGGGAGAUGGCGCCGUCGUCCUUGAAAGUAGGCGCUUCGCACGAUCCUACCACAGAACCCAAUGCCAGUGCUUUGAAGAAGGAAAAUGUGGAGGCAAACGUUUGCAUCGAUAUCUUCGCGGACCCCGACAAGAAGACCUCGACGGAGUCUCCAAAGCAGAUGUACGAGAUCAUGAUAUGGUUUGGGCAUUUCGGAAGCGGCGCUCUACCAGUUGGCAAUACCGACCUCCUCGAUCCGCCUGUUGUUACAUUGAUACAAGACACCGAGUUCACGCUGUACACAGGCAAGAACUUCAACGGCCAGAUUGUCCAUUCUUGGGUGGCCAACAGAACUUUGACAUCGUUCAACAUGGACUUUGCGCCUCUCCUGAGCUUUCUCUCGGCCCAAGACAUGGUGCCGGAUGAUGUAUUUCUCGGCCAGCAUGAAAGCGACUGGCGGGAAAUCCGAAGGUACUGCAACUGUAGGAGACGCAGCCGCGCCGACUCCCUCGAGCUAUGGUAUUCGGAGGAUAUCGGCCUCUUCAGCUGGAGUGGCAGUCUUUCUCUCCAUUGCGAUACUUGGAUGUAA